AUGGAUCCAGAGGAGGAUGCGCAGAACAAGCGCGACCGCCCCUCCCCGCCAAGCGCAUCACCCUCGCGCAGGCUCACAGUCUAUGCGAGUGCGGCGCUCGUAUUCCUCACGCUCCUCUACAACGAGCUUACUACGCACCGCCGGCACUAUGCGAUCCGCAACGUCGUGAACGCGCUUGGGUUCGCGUCGUUCGAGGUCGGCGCGACGCUUGUCGCUGGAUCGGACCCUACGCGUCUGGACGGGAUUGCGCUCUGCUCCGUUCUCGCGAGCACGGGCAUCUUCGCGACGACGAUCCACACGCAGGACUUCAAGGACGUUGACGGCGACCGAGCCAUCGGCCGGCAGACGAUCCCGAUCGUCUUCGGGGCCGCCGCGCGGUGGACGGUGAUCGUGCCGCUGGUGCUGUGGUCGGUCGGGCUCUCCGUGUUCUGGGGCCUCAGCGUUCUGGCGGGCACGGCUGUCACUGCGCUUGCGGUGUACGUGGGCGUGCUCUAUCUUAACGGGAAGACGAUACACGAGUAUCAAGUGGCUUUCUACUGGUACAACGUCUGGCUGUCUACCGCGCAUGCCCUCCCUGCGUACUGUCGGAUCUUCAGUGAGCCGUACUACGCACUAGGGGCAUGA